AUGGGCACAACAGAGGCAACUCUGCGAAUGGAGAACAUGGAAGUGAAAGACGAAUGGCAGGAUGACGACUUUCCCAGACCACUACCAGAGUACGGAGACAUGGAUCCCCCCUGUGGUCUCACAGAUGACAGAGUCUCUCCUCCCACCUCCCUGAACGUGAGCCCACCUGCAGGAGGUGGAGGUGUGUCUUUAGCCCGCCGUAAACGCCGUACGUUGGUUGCCCCGGAGAUGAACCUGUCCCUUGAUCAUAGUGAGGGGUCUUUGCUGUCAGAUGACUUUCUAGAUACACCUGAUGACCUGGACAUAAACAUCGAUGACAUUGACACACCAGAUGAGACAGACUCACUGGAGUUCAUCACCAAUGGCAAUGAACUGGAGUGGGAAGAUGAUACACCGGUGGCCACAGCUAAAGCAGGCCCUGGUGGUAGUUCAGGAGAAGCGGGCGAGGAUGGGAAUGCCAGCAAUGGACGUCUCUGGAGGACGGUGAUUAUUGGUGAACAGGAACACCGUAUUGACAUGCAGGUCAUCAGACCCUACCUGCGGGUCAUAACACAUGGAGGUUAUUAUGGCGAAGGCCUGAAUGCCAUCAUCGUGUUCUCUGCAUGCUACCUGCCUGACAGCGGCUGUCCAGAUUACCACUACAUUAUGGAAAACCUCUUCCUGUAUGUGGUGAGCAGUCUUGAGAUGCUCGUGGCUGAAGACUACCUGAUCAUCUACAUGAACGGGGCCACUCCUCGGAGUAAGAUGCCCGGGAUCAGCUGGCUCAAGAAAUGUUACCAGAUGAUCGACAGAAGAUUGAGGAAGAACUUGAAGUCUCUGGUCAUUGCUCAUCCCACAUGGUUCAUACGAACUGUCCUGGCUAUAUCCAGGCCAUUCAUCAGUGUGAAAUUCAUGAAUAAGCUCCAGUACGUCCACAGCCUGGAUGAACUGGCAGAGAUUGUCCCCAUGGAGCACGUCCAUGUCCCCGAGUGUGUGGUGCAAUUUGACGAGGAGAGGAUUAAAGCACGGAGGGAAAGGAUGGAACAGGAGCAGUCAGCGUCACAGGAACCAGUUAAAAAGUCUGAGAGGCCAAAGUCAAUGAUCGCAGAUCAAGGAUUAUGAGGACAGCGCUUUCCAGGUGAAGCACGUGACAUGUGGAGCAUGAAACCUUUGAUUUACACCUCUGAGAGGCAGAGGUCCAACAAGUCUACAUACGCUUCUUCGUUUUAUCAACAUCCUGCCUGCUGAUGAUUUGUGCCAUCAUUUCUGAUCAAGAUGGCAAAUGCUCUGUCUCAUAUUCCCCCCUCGUUG